UCAGCUUUUAUUUGUUUUAUCACAUUCCCAGUGGGUCAGCAGUUUACAUACACUCAAUUAGUAUUUGGUAGCAUUGCCUUCAAAUUGUUUAACUUGGGUCAACCGUUUUGGGUAGCCUUCCACAAGCUUCCCACAAAAAGUCGGGUGUAUGUUGGCCCAUUCCUGCUGACAGAGCUGGUGUAACUGAGUCUGGUUUGUAGGCCUCCUUGCUUGUACACGCUUUUUCAGUUCUGCCCACAAUUUUUCUAUAGGAUUGAGGUCAGGGCUUUGUGAUGGCCACUCCAAUACCUUGACUUUGUUGUCCUUAAGACAUUUUGCCACAACUUUGGAAGAAUGCUUGGGGUCAUUGUCCAUUUGUAAGACCCAUUUGCGACCAAGCUUUAACUUCCUGAUUGAUGUCUUGAGAUGUGGUUUCAAUAUAUCCACAUAAUUUUCCAUCCUCAUGAUACCAUCUAUUUUGUGAAGUGCACCAGUGCACUAGUACAAUGCUAAGUAGCAAACACUUGUUAGUGCCUAGCUUCUAAUUCUAAAUGUAAUUUCAACACCUGUGCUGUUGGUGGCAGUAACACAGUGUCCUCUCUCUGUCACCAAUUGACAUCGUGUCUCAUCUCACAGUGUCUGUGGUGUGAGAAGGUAUCUUCUGGAGCCAGACCCUAUUGGAAGAAACUGAAAUACUUAUUUUCUUAUUGGGUGUAUUGUAAGUACUGUAUAUCAAACAAGUUGCAUAACCACAUGCUUUUAGAAUGACGAGUGGCAAAUUGCACUUAUACAUAGAGUACCACAAAAUGAGUCACAAUACCCAUAGAACCUAGCGGUGAAACAGGGAAAUGGUUCCAAUGGUUUUUCCACCAUUCACUUCUUUCUCCCAUAAGGGAUUUUAGAAAAAUAUAUGGUGGAAAAAAGAUUGGAACCAUUUCCCUGUUUGACCACUAGGUUUUAUGGGUAUUAUGACAACUCCAAUGUGGGGCUAUAUGGAUGGAUGUUUUAGAUCUUAUGUUGGAGAAUUAUGAAAGGACAAAUUUUGUUUGUAUAGCGUCUUAUUGUUAAUGGUUUGUCUGAACUGGGGGACAUGUUUAGUGUCAUUCUCUCUCUCUUUCACAACAACCCUGUUCUCUCUGCUCUGCUUUUUAUACCCCUAGCCCACCAAUCCAUCAUUGUCCCCCACGAUGAAAUCGGGGAGGGGCAUGUGAAUCUGUCUCUGUCCCGUACGUUCAUUCAUACGUUUUUAUCUCAGACAGCACUGGCCUGAUUUUGACGAAACUUGGGUGAAUGAUGCAUUGAGAUCAGCCAUUUACAAAUUACGCUGAUUGCCCAGAUAAUGGCACUAUAACAAGAGACGGAAAAUGCAAACUUUGAAAGUUCACGCCCCUUACCUAAAGUCACGAAAGGCGAUACAUCGGUCCCUCUCCUCAAAAGGAACACAUUUGCCUUUGGAUCCAUAGGGUCCACCAUGAUGUAUUUUCCUCAAUUUAGAAUUUUGUGAAAAACAAUUAAAAUGCUCCUCUUUUGGCACCGAUCUGCAUGAAACUUGAUUUACAAAGGUCCAGACCAGUACCUAAAACAACAUUGCCGCAAUUGACCAAUAAACAUUCAUGUGGGCGUGUUCUGGAACAUAAAUGCAUAUGAAUCAGUCAAGAAUAUUCAUAUUGUAACACAAUUUGGUACACGUGCUGCAAACAAUGUCAAGACUCAACAUAUGCAAGAACAUUCAUAUCAGUGGUGCCAUUACGGGCACAUGUUUAUAUAUUUUGAUCUGUUUGACUCAGAAUGCUGAAAUUGGUCUUGCCAUAGUUUUCUUUUUGCCUCCAUAGAGUCUACGGGAGUGGACAAGUGUCACGUGUGCUCCCUCUCCGGCCUCUAGGUCACCAGGCUGCUCGUUUUGGCGCACACCUGUCACCGUCGUUAUACGCACCUGCGCGUCGUCAGACUCACCUGGACUCCAUCACUCCCUUGAUUACCUGCCUUAUAUAUGUCACUCCUUUGGUGCCUUCCCCAGAUGUCAUUGUUUCAUGUCUGUGCGUUGUUCUUGUUUUGUAUUAUGGUCUGUUUAUUUUAUUAAAACACUCACUCCCUGAACCUGCUUCCAAACUUUCAGCGCACAUCCUUACAGAAUGAAGCAUCAUGGAGUGUUUUUUCGAGUUAGAUGGGAAUGAAGUUGGGUCUGGGAGCUGCUACAGGCUCUCAUGCCUCGACCGGCUCGCUGGUCUUUCAUGCCUUCGCCGGAUCGCAAGGCUCCCCUGCUUCCACUGGCUCGUCAGGCUCUUACACCUCAACCUUGAUCGCCAGGCUCCCUUGCCUCAGCCGGUCUGUCAGGUUCCCGCGCAUCAGCGGGGGUGACCGGUCCGCUCAUGAUCCCGGGCAUCGUCCUUUGUGUUGGCGUCCUGCGCCUGGAGCCGUACGCGCCGGGGACGGGGUACGGUCAGUUAUGCUCUAUCUCCGGCGCUCUUUCGUCAUGCUCCUUCGUCUUAGCCGGAUUGACGGCUUUCCUGCGCCUCUGCAGAGGUGACCGGUCCGCUCCUGUUCCCUGGGAUCGUCAUUUUGGUCGGUGUCCUGCGGCUAAAGCUGCACUUCGGGGAGGUGGUUCAGUCACGCGUGCUCCCACUCCGGCUUCCAGGUCACCAGGCUGCUCGUUAUGGCGCACACCUGUCACCAUCGUUACGCGCACCAGCGCAUCGUCAGAUACAUGGACUCAUCACUUCCUUGAUUACCUGCCCCUUUGGUUCUUUCCCCAUGCAUCUUUGUUUCUGUUUCAUGUUCUUGGUUUUUAUUAAAUCACCAACUCACUCCCUGAACGUGCUUCCCGACUCUCACCGCACAUCGUUACAAGUAAAUCCGCCUGCUAGCCAUUGCUUGUCACUAAGUCAUGUCAGCCCCAGGUUACCCAUCCCCUCACCAGGGUCCUGGAAGUUACUCCACGGCACCCUACCCUGUUCCUCAUGGUGGGUAUGGUGACCCUAACCAUGCUCCCCCACUGGUUGACUUCCAUAUGGGCUACAACCACAAACAACUCCACCCAGGCCAGCCUGUGAUGCAUCAGCCUGUGCCCAUGCCUGAAUAUGGGGUACCUCAAAUGGGCCCAGGGUAUGGUGGUCCCAUGCCUGGGCCUGAAUUCGGUGCACCUCACUCGGGCCCUCCUGCAGCCAUCUCCCCAGCCCCUGCAGCAGUUGUGCCUGUUGGAGUUCCACCUGGUCUGGAGUACCUAACACAGAUUGACCAGCUCCUUAUACACCAAAAAGUGGAGUUGCUGGAAGUGUUUAUUGGCUUUGAGACCAACAACCAGUACGAGAUCAAGAACAGCCUGGGUCAGAAGAUCUACAAGGCCAAGGAGAAGAACGACUGCUGCACACGCAACUGCUGCGGUGCCCUGCGUAGCUUUGACAUGAAGAUCAAGGACAACAUGGACCGCGAGGUCAUCCGCCUCAUACGACCCUUCCGCUGUGCCUCCUGCUGGUGCCCCUGCUGCCUGCAAGAGCUUGAGGUCCAAGCCCCCCCUGGCACCACCAUAGGUUAUGUGUCCCAGGACUGGAACCCCUGCGUGCCCAAGUUCUCCAUCAAGGGGGCCAACACGGAGACCGUAAUGAAGCUGGAAGGACCCUGCUUUGCCUGCAACUGCUGCGGGGAUGUGAAUUUUGAGCUGACGGGGGAAGAUGGAAGCAAGCCCAUCGGCCGCAUCAGUAAGCAGUGGGGUGGCCUGAUAAAGGAGGUCUUCACCGACACGGACAACUUUGGCAUCCAGUUCCCCAUGGACCUGGACGUCAAGAUGAAGGCUGUGCUCAUGGGUGCCUGCUUCCUCAUCGUAAGUCCCAUUUGUCUGUUAAAAAAAAAAAAUGAAUCACAGAACUUGACAUGUGUAAAUCCUAUUACUAUACUGAUAAGAUGAGCAGUUGUUGGAGGAAAUUUAGUUGACAUUUCUUCUUUUCUGCCUCACAGGAUUUCAUGUUCUUCGAGAAGGACUGAGCACUUGAGUCAAACUCUUUCUGUUCCCAUUUUCAAUCCCCCCUCUUUUUUCCAAUUUCGGUUUUGAUACUCAUUCCUUAUUUGAAACCUUAGAGGAAGCUGCCAAUCCUAGAACUCUUUCUGUGUAACACGUGAGGUCUUAUCUGAUGAGCUUACAUAGCCUCUGGACUGUUUCUGUCUAUCCACCCGAAUGUAAGAAUCAGCGACUGGGCUAUGAGACAUUGGCCUUAGUUGUCUUUCAUGGGUUUCUCCACUCUCUCCACUGAGUUAUUUGUUCUAUCAAAUUGAUUUCUUGGUUAUCUAUGUACAUUUGGGGGUUCAGAACAGUAUGGAAACUUUACAUGUUCUUCAAUACUUUCUCAGUAUUUUCUUUUUAGUCACUGCCAUGGCAAGUAUUUUAUCAUACUGCUUCAGUUGCAGUAUUACAUUCUAGAUUCUUUAUUUUAGUGUUGAAAAUUGAUUAUUUACUGUUGUCACCUGUCAAAUCCACUUCAAUCAGUGUAGAUGAAGGGGAGGAGACGGGUUAAAGUAGGAUUUUUAAGCUUUGAGCCUGUAUUUGUGCCAUUCAGAGGGUGAAUGGGUAAGACAAAAGAUUUGUGCCUUUUGAAUGGGGUAUGGUAGCAGGUGCCAGGCAAACCGGUUUGUGUCAAGAACUGCACCGCUGCUGACUUCUUCACGCUCAACAGUUUCCCUUGUGUAUCAAGUAUGCUCCGCGACCCAUAAGCCACCUUGACACAACUGUGGGAAGCAUCGGAGUCGGCAUCCCUGUGGAACGCUUGAUGAGUCCAUGCCCUGACGAACUGAGGCUGUUCUGAGCGCAAAAGGGGGUACGACUCCAAUAUUAGGAAGGUGGUCCUAAUAUUUUGUACACUCAGUAUGUUUUUCCAGGCCUCAGUUGUUCCUUGACAAGCACCAUUCAUUCACGCUGUCAAACAUUUUAAUGUUACUACUUCUGAUAGUAACUAUAGCCACUGGGGAAGUGGGAGAGAGUGAGGUGGCUGCCAUCUGAGUCAACAUCUUUUUUUGCAGCAGUGAUUGUCAGAGAUUCAAGGAGCUAUCAUUAAGUAACAUAAUUGAUGCGAAGCAUUUGAGUAUUUACAUUCAUCCACUUUAAAUUUAAAAAAACAUUGUCCCAGAAUCAUUUACCUGCAGGGCACACCUUCAUCAUGAAGGAAUGUGCUUACCUGACUUAAGGUGAGGUGCUGCUGAGGUGCAGGAUAAAAUAAACUCAUGUCCUUCCCUAGUA